AUGCAUGUGCUCUUCUGGGGCUUGGGAUUCCUGCUAUUCCCUGAUUUAUUAACUGCAGACGCAUCCACGAGGACACUGCUAUUGAAGCCAAGUACAGUAAAAGAGGAGAUCGGCGCCUAUGAGAUUGUCACACCGGUGCGAGUGGACGGAGCCGGUGACAAGUUCCCAAGCAGCGUGCACUUUAAGAGGAAAAGGCGAAGUUUGGACACGAAUAGCGAAAACACGACGGAGCACUGGGCCUCUCCAAAUAUCCACUACAGGAUUUCUGCUUUUGGACAGAAUUAUCACCUCAACCUCACGCUGGACUCGGGAUUUAUCGCGCCCCUAUACACUGUGACAAUACUAGGAGUACUCAGAGGAGAUAACGUGACAGACUGGGAGGAUGAGAAUGAGGAGGAGGACACCGAAUUAAGACAUUGCUUUUAUAAAGGACAAGUCAAUGCGAAGUCGGAGCACGCCGCAGUCAUCAGUUUGUGCUCCGGACUGUUUGGUACCUUCAGGUCUCCAGAAGGGGAGUAUUUUGUUGAGCCCCUUCACAGCUAUCAAGGAGAACAUUAUGAAGAGGAAUACACAAAACCUCAUAUUGUGUACAGGAAGAGUGCGCCUGAAAAAGAUAAAUAUGGGGAGAGCUCAGCUUGUGACACUUCAGGACACAAACACAGGCAUAAGAGGCACAAGCUGAGAAAAAAGAAAACUGCUGGGGUGGCCUCGGACAAAGUGCAUGUUCCCAGGAUUGGUAUAUUAAGUGAUGUGGAGUUACUAAGUGCCCACCUGACCAGUGAUGCCCUGCACAGAUCAGAGAACAACACUGUUGGGGCAAAACUUGCAAACGAAAGCAGCAGUGAUGACUCAAGACCUCACAAACGCUCAAAGCGUUUCCUCUCAUUCCCGCGCUUUGUUGAAGUCAUGUUGGUGGCUGACAGCAAAAUGGUGGAACAUCACGGCAACAACCUUCAGCACUACAUACUCACUCUAAUGUCCAUAGUGUCUUCCAUCUACAAGGACCCCAGCAUUGGAAAUCUAAUUAACAUUGUGAUUGUGAAGUUAGUCAUAAUAAACAACGAGCAGGAUGGUCCCCAGGUUUCAUUUAAUGCACAAACCACCUUGAAGAACUUUUGCAUUUGGCAGCAUGGUCAAAAUGUGCUUGAUGAUAACCACCACUCACACCAUGACACAGCCAUCCUUAUCACAAGACAAGACAUUUGCAGAGCAAGGGACAAGUGUGACACUUUAGGACUGGCAGAGUUGGGCACAGUUUGCGAUCCGUACAGGAGCUGCAGCAUCAGCGAGGACAACGGCCUGAGCACAGCGUUCACCAUUGCUCAUGAACUUGGCCACGUGUUCAACAUGCCUCAUGAUGACAGCAAUAAGUGUAAAGAGGAUGGCGUCAAGGUUCAGCAACAUGUGAUGGCUCCCACACUUAACUACAACACAAAUCCUUGGAUGUGGUCCAAGUGUAGCAGGAAGUACAUCACAGAGUUUCUUGACACAGGCUAUGGUGAGUGCUUGUUGGACGAACCCGUUUCUAGGCCAUACACUCUGUCACAACAGCUGCCUGGACUAAUAUACAAUGUCAAUAAACAGUGUGAAUUGAUAUUUGGGCCAGGAACACAGGUGUGCCCUUAUAUGACUCAGUGUCGAAGGCUGUGGUGCACAAGCCCAGAGGGCGCCCAAAGGGGCUGCAGGACCCAGCAUAUGCCGUGGGCUGAUGGCACUGAUUGCUCCCCAGGAAAGCACUGCAAACACGGACUGUGUAUAGCCAAAGAGCACGAUGCCCAACCUGUGGAGGGCGCAUGGGGAGUUUGGAGUCCUUUCGGUACCUGUUCUCGGACAUGCGGUGGGGGCAUCAAGAUUGCUGAGCGCGAAUGCAACCGACCCGUGCCCAGGAAUGGAGGAAUGUACUGUGUAGGUCGUCGGAUGAAGUUUCGUUCCUGUAACUCUGAGCCAUGCUCCAAGCAGAAGAAAGAUUUCCGAGAGGAACAGUGUGCUGCUUUCGAUGGCAGGCAUUUCAACAUCAACGGUCUACCUCCUAAUGUUCGCUGGGUGCCUAAAUACAGUGGAAUCCUGAUGAAGGACAGAUGUAAGCUGUUCUGCAGGGUAGCAGGCAGCACGGUCUACUAUCAGCUCAGGGACCGGGUCACCGAUGGCACACCGUGUGGACCUGAUACUAACGAUAUCUGUGUCCAAGGAUUAUGCAGGCAAGCCGGCUGUGACCAUGUAUUAAACUCAAAGGCCAGGAGAGACAAGUGUGGUGUGUGUGGUGGUGACAACUCUUCUUGCAAAACGGUGGCAAACACUUUCAACAUUGUACGUUACGGCUACAAUGAAGUCGUGCGGAUACCCAGUGGUGCUACAAACAUAGAUGUUCGUCAACACAGUUACUCAGGGAUACCGGAGGAUGAUAACUACCUCGCCAUAUCAAAUAGCCGUGGAGAGUUCCUGCUUAAUGGAGCGUAUGUAGUCAGCGUGUUUAAAAGGGAAAUUAAAGUAGGAAACGCUGUCAUUGAGUACACUGGCUCUGACCAUGUUAUUGAGAGGAUUAAUUGCACUGAGCGCAUCGAAGAAGAGAUCAUCAUUCAGGUGCUGUCUGUGGGGGAACUUUACAACCCAGAUGUCAGGUACUCCUUCAACAUCCCCAUAGAGGAUAGACCUCAGCAGUUCUUCUGGGAUGCCUAUGGUCCGUGGCAGGAGUGUAGUCGACUGUGCCAAGGAGAGAGAAAGAGGAAGGUUCUCUGUAGCAGAGAGUCUGAUAGGGUGGUGGUGUCAGACCAGAGGUGUCAUGGUGUUGCACGACCUGCAGUCAUCCCUGAGCCCUGCAACACAGAAUGUGAACUCAGGUGGCAUGUUUCACGAAAGAGCGAGUGCACAGUUCAGUGUGGUCAGGGAUAUCGCACCCUGGACAUCUUUUGUGCGAAAAUUAGCCUCACAGAUGGAAAGACCCAGAAAGUUGACGAUCGCUACUGUAGCGGGCAGCGCAAACCUGAUGAUAAGGAAGCUUGCCAUGGAGACUGUAAUCCUGGAGGUUGGGAAUAUUCGUCCUGGUCAGAGUGCUCAAAGAGUUGUGGUGGGGGCACCCGCCGAAGAGGGGCAGUGUGUCGAAAGGCAGCAGGGGCAGAGGGCGAUGAGAGCAAGUGCAGUCAACGGGACAAGCUGGCCGUCCAACCCUGCAAUGAAUUCCUCUGUCCACAAUGGAAGACCGGAGACUGGUCAGAGUGCCUUGUAACAUGCGGAAAAGGCUAUAAGCACCGCCAGACGUGGUGUCAGUUUGGUGAAGAGCGUCUAGAUGACCGCUUCUGUGGUUCAUCAAAGCCUGAGUCAAUUCAAAUGUGUCAGCAGCAAGAGUGUGCCUCUUGGCAGGUUGGACCUUGGGGACAGUGCACUACCUCGUGUGGACUUGGAUACCAGAUGCGGGCUGUGAAGUGUGUCGUUGGAUCUUAUGGUGCUGUCAUGGAAGACACUGAAUGUAAUGCUGCCACUCGGCCCACUGAAACCCAGGACUGCGAACUGUCUCAGUGUCCAAAUAGUCAACCUAUUUUCCCAGAUACAAAAGUCCCCUCACAUCAAGGCCACAAAACCCAGUGGCGGUUUGGUUCGUGGACCCAGUGCAGUGCCAGUUGUGGCAAAGGGACCCGGAUGCGUUAUGUCAGUUGUCGUGACAGUCACGGUGGUGUGGCAGAAGAUUCAGCAUGUGCACAGCUCCCAAAACCUCCUGCCAGAGAAGUUUGCUCCGUUGUUGCAUGUGGGCAGUGGAAAGUGUUGGAGUGGACUGUGUGUUCGGUAACUUGUGGUCAAGGGAAGACAACACGGCAAGUGGUCUGUGUCAACUUCAGUGAACAAGAAGUGAGCGCCAGUGAGUGCGACCCAGAUGAUCGGCCCAACACAGAGCAAGACUGUGCCAUGUCUCAAUGCCCAUCCCACUCUGGUGAUUCCAGACCUCUUCCAUCCUCACCAAACAGCAGUGCCAGGAACAUCAUUCCUCAAAGCCAAUCCCACCAAUGGCGAACUGGACCUUGGGGAGCGUGCUCCAGCACAUGUGCAGGAGGCUUUCAGCGGCGAGUCGUAGUGUGCCAGGAUGAGAACGGCUACCCUGCCAACAGCUGUGAGGAUCGCAGCCGGCCCAGUGAGCAGCGAUCCUGUGAGUCGGGGCCAUGUCCGCAGUGGAUCUAUGGCAACUGGGGAGAGUGCACCAAACCAUGCGGAGGCGGGAUAAAGACGAGGCUGGUGGUAUGUCAACGUCCAAAUGGCGAGCGUUUCAACGAUCUGAGCUGCGAGAUUCACGACAAGCCACCGGAUCGGGAGCAGUGCAAUACUCAGCCGUGCCCGUCUAGCCCCCACUGGAGCACAGACCCAUGGAGCUCGUGCUCUGCCUCUUGUGGAAGAGGCUUCAAGUCCCGCAAGGUGCGCUGUUUGAGCAGCUUAGGCCGCUCUAUUGAAGAUGAAAACUGCAAGCACUUGAAACCCAAACCCAGCAAGCAGAGGCGCUGCCGAGGGGGCCGCUGUCCCAAGUGGAAGACUGGCAGUUGGGAGGAGUGUUCAGCAUCCUGCGGCGACGGCGUCCAAAAGCGGGAGGUCAUCUGCCAAGGUGGCACCCGGAGAAGACCGCUUGAGACCGACUGCCCCCAGCGCUCGCGCCCGGCGUCAAGUCAAAGCUGCCGGGUUGCUGAGUGUCCUUUGCGGUACCGCUGGAGAGAGGGAGACUGGCAGGCGUGCAGUAAAUCAUGUGGAUCAGGCCUCAGAAGUCGAGACUUACAAUGUAUUGACCACCUCAAGCAGGAGGUCCAUGAAAUGUACUGUGCCGACCAAAUUAGACCUCCAGAUAUAGAAAGCUGCAAUGCCCAAGCAUGUGAAUUUGUCUGGAUCACUGGAGAAUGGACUGAGUGUUCAGCCAGCUGUGGUCAGGGCUACCGCCAGCGUCUGAUCUCUUGCAGCGAGAUGCACACAGAGAAUGAUAACUAUGAGUACGGUCAUCAGUCUCUUUCCAACUGUCCAGGGACCCCACCUGAGAGGUAUAUGGCCUGUCAUCUUGAGCCAUGUCCUCCUCUGCAGGAGUGGAGAGUUGGGACAUGGGGAGCAUGCUCAGCGAGCUGUGGAGAUGGAGUGAUGGAGAGGGCGGUGCAGUGUAUGAAAGCAGAUGGGCAGCAAAGCAGAAAGUGUUCACUUGAUGUGAUGCCAGAAGCCAGAAAAGUCUGCAGAAACCCGAGAUGCCAUUUGCCUACAAGCUGCCAAGCUGCCCAGAACAUGGAUGGCAUGGUCCCGGAUGGAGAACUCUUAUUGAAUAUUCAAGGAAGUACUAUUAAGGUCUACUGUGCUGGAAUGCAGACAGUGAAUCCGCAGGAGUAUAUCACCUUGACAACAGGAGAGAGGGAAAAUUUUUCUGAGAUCUUUGGCUUCAGGCUCAAUGACCCCUCCCAGUGUCCAUCCAACGGGUCCAGUCGCGAGGACUGUGACUGCCGGCGGGACUAUUCUUCUGCGGGCUUCACCACCUUCUCGAAGGUCCGCCUGGACUUGAACAAGAUGAACAUCAUCACUACAGAUUGGCAGUUUGCGUUGACUCCUGAGGGCAACAAGAUUCCAUUUGGAACAGCUGGGGAUUGCUACAGCGCCUCCAAAUGUCCACAGGGGCGCUUCAACAUCAACCUCUCAGGAACAGGUUUUAAAUUAGCUCCAGACACCUUGUGGACCAGUCGAGGCAAUUAUGCUGUAGCCGAUAUAAGAAAAUCACAGGAUAGCAGCAGAGUAUCAGGAACAUGCGGAGGCUACUGUGGCAAAUGUACUCCAGCUUCGGCUUCCUUUCUGCACGUUACAGUGGCCUAG